AUGAUAUCACAGAAACAAUUCACAGAAGCUUCUUCUUCUUCUUCUCCCUUUUGUCUACCUCUUUUUUUUCUUAUAAGUGUGUUGAUUUUUAAGUUUGCAUUUAGAAAAUUCAAACCCAAAACCAAUCUAAAUCAGCUUCCAUCCCCACCAAAACUACCAUUCAUUGGUAAUCUUCAUCAGCUAGGAACACUUCCACACCGUUCACUUCGAGACCUAUCACUAAAAUAUGGCAACAUGAUGUUGUUGCAAUUAGGACAAAAACAAACUCCAGCCCUAGUUGUUUCAUCAGCAGAUGUAGCCAUGGAAAUCAUGAAAAAUCAUGAUAUAGUUUUUUCAAACCGACCACAAAAUAUAGCUCCAAAAAUCUUAUUGUAUGGAUGUACGGACGUUGGUUUUGGAACUUAUGGAGAAAAAUGGAGACAGAAAAGAAAAAUAUGUGCUCUAGAACUUUUGAGUAUGAAAAGUGUAAAAUCAUUUCAGGCUAUUAGAGAAGAAGAAGUUGAAGAAAUGGUGAGUGAGCUACGUGAAGCUGCCUCGAAUAAUGCAUGUGUGAAUCUUAGUGAGAUGUUGGUUUCAACAACCAACAACAUUAUUUGUAAAAGUGCUCUUGGAAGGAAGUGUGAAGGUGAAGGAAACGUGAAAGAGUUAGCAAGAAAAGUUAUGAUUCAUCUUACAACUUUUGUUGUUGGAGAUUAUUUCCCUUCUUUGGGUUGGAUUGAUCUUCUUAGUGGUAAAAUUGGGGAGUUUAAGGACACUUUUCGUGCGCUUGAUAAUUUGUUUGAUCAAGUGAUUGAAGAGCGUUUGGCUUUAAAGAAGAUAGAAAAUGCUCAAUUCAAGAAGAAAGGAUUUGUGGAUAUUCUUCUUCAAUUGCAAGAGGAUGGCAUGCUUGGGUUUGAACUCUCCAAUAAUGAUAUCAAAGGAAUUCUAAUGGACAUGUUUUUUGGUGGAACAGACACAACCUCUGCAACAUUAGAAUGGACAAUUUCAGAGCUCAUGAGACAUCCAUCCAUAAUGAAGAAAGCACAAGAAGAAGUAAGAAGAAUUGUAGGCAAUAAAUCAAAAGUUGAAGAAAACGACAUCAAUGAAAUGCCCUAUUUAAAAUGUGUAGUGAAAGAAACUCUAAGGUUACGUCCAGCUACUCCUCUUAUGUCUCCUCGAGAAACAAUAUCAAGUGUGAAUCUAAAAGGGUAUUAUAUUCCUAAAAAAACAAUGGUGUGCGUAAAUAAUUGGGCAAUACAAAGAGACCCUAAAAAUUGGGAAAAUCCUGAAGAGUUUAUUCCAGAGAGAUUUGAACAGAGCCAAGUUGAUUUUAGAGGUCAAGAUUUUCAGUUCAUUCCUUUUGGUUUUGGGAGAAGGGGAUGUCCUGGAAUGAAUUUUGGAGUAGCUAUGGUUGAAUAUAUACUUGCUAGCAUUCUUUAUUGGUAUGAUUGGGAAAUAAAUUCAGGCAAACAAGAUAUAGAUAUGAGUGAGGUAUUUGGACUUGUUGUAUCAAAGAAAGAACCACUUCACCUUAAACCAAUAGCAUUUUCAUUCUAA